AUGACGAUCGAUAAGCGCGAUUUCGACGCGAAUCGCCCGCUCCUCCAGGAUAUCGACACAGAACAAGGCACAGGAGACCGAGGUGCAGAGCCAUCACGGUUAAGUCCAAGGUCACGAAAUUCAUGGGGCUCCGGUAACGCCGGAUUUCCACGAAGUGAUGACGGGCUAUUGAACGAUGUCGUUGAGGAGAUUGUCGAGCGUGACAGACGGAAAAUGCAAAAGGAGGUUAUUCGAGUGCUUAGCUUUGGCUGGGGUGUUGUUACUUGCUUGGGGGCUGGCAGUAUCACUGCUUUCUCUUUGUACGGCCAUCUGCUCCUCACCCGACUCCAUUAUUCGCAGCUCCAGGUCAAUGCCGUCUCGAUCGCCGCGGAACUCGCAAUGUACCUUCCUGUCCCCUUGUUCGGGUACCUGUGUGAUCGAUACAGCCCGUCACCACUGGCUAUGUUCUCGGGACUGGUCUUUGGUAUCGGAUAUCUCCUCGCUGCCUUCACAUAUAAGAGCGGCCCGUCGGCUGAUGCAGGGGGUGCUGGAUGGCCGUUCUGGGUUAUGAUCGUGGCAUUUAUUGCCAUUGGUAUGGGGACGAGCUGCAUGUAUCUAGCAGCGGUUGCGACAUGUGCCAAGAACUUUGGCAGGGGAAAGCACAAGGGGAUUAUGCUUGCUGUUCCUAUUGCGGCGUUUGGUCUCAGUGGUAUGUGGCAGAGCCAGCUUGGGAUGUAUAUGUUCUGUGAACGGCUCGAGGAUGGGAGUCACGGUGAUCUCGACGUUUUUAGAUACUUCGUCUUCCUCGCGGUGCUGUUGCUGGGAAUUGGGAUCAUCGGUACCUUUGCAUUGCGCAUUGUCGAGGAUGAUGACAAGUAUAUUGAUGACACGGUUGAAGAACUAGAGCGCAGUGGACUGCUGGAAGAGAGUGAUUUCUUCCGGCCGCGGAAUGAAAUCAGGCAAGCGAUUGAGUACGGCACGUUCUCUGAUGCAUUGGACGAGGAGGAAUCAACUCUGUCCGAGGAAGAGCGCGAGCAGCAAAGACUAGAGAAGGAACGCGAGGAAGAAGAGCGCCGGAAAAAGAACUGGCUGCUCAACUAUGAAACUCGUGUGUUCCUACAAGACAACACCAUGUGGUGGCUAGCCGCAGGCUUCUUCUUGGUUACCGGCCCUGGCGAAUCGUACAUCAACAACCUGGGCACAAUCAUUCCAACCCUCACACCUCAAUCCUAUCCCACAGGCGCAUCACCCCCAGCUGGAUCCCCCUCAACACACGUUACAACCAUAGCCCUAACCUCAACUAUCGCUCGCCUCCUAACAGGCUCUCUUUCCGACUUCUUCGCGCCCCCAGCAACACAUCUCUUCCCUCCACUUCCCGAAGGAUCCCGACACACACCCCCUCCAUCCUCACGCCUCACUCUAUCCCGCAUGAUCUUCCUCAUCCCCUCAGCCUUCCUCCUUUCACUAGGCUACCUCCUCCUCGCCUCGCCCCUCCCGCUAGCACACCCAGGAAUCUUCAACUUAACAACUGCCCUAAUCGGCUUCGGGUACGGCAGCGCCUUCUCCCUCGCCCCCAUCAUCAUCUCCGUCGUAUGGGGCGUCGAGAACUUCGCCACGAACUGGGGUAUCGUUGCCAUGAUGCCCGCGGCUGGUGCGGCGUUGUGGGGCAUUGUCUACUCGGCCGCUUAUCAGAAUGCCAUGGAUCACGAUGAUGGGUUGUCUGAUGGUCAGUGCCAUGGAUGGCGGUGCUAUGGGUUCUGGGCUGUUGGAUGCACGGUCAGUGUUUGGGUUGCUGUUUUAGCUUGGGUGGCAGCUUGGAGGGGAUGGAAGAGGAGAGGAGUUGUUGUUUAG